AUGUUUCGCGACAAAAAAAAAUUUGUCAAUGAACGAUCUCGUAAUAAACAAAGAAAGACAAAACAUAACACUCAGAAUGUCAAUAAUACUACAGAAGAAAAAAAAGACUUUGUCAAUAUUUUUUCAGACGAAUUAAAUCUUCAUGUUUUUAGGUAUUUAUCAGCUGCAGACGUAAGCAUAUGUUCGCAAGUUUCGCGAAAAUGGUGGCGAAUUGCCAACGAUCGUCAACUGUGGAAAAGUCUCUUUUUAUCAAGAUUUAAAGCACCGAAUCGUCCUAAUCUCACAUAUCGUUUGGAAACUCUUCAAUUAACACAAACUCAACCAACUAAUCCACUUAAACCUUCGAUAAUUGCUAACAACGAAAAUGUGAAUGAAAAUGAUAUUUCAGAUAGUGAAGAUUGGAAAAGUAUAUAUCGAGUAAAUCACAAUUGGCAAACUGGAAAUUGUCGUGUUAUCGAUUUUAAACCUUAUGAUAAUUUGGUUCAAGAUCGUUUUCAAAAAACUUCCUUUUCACUUUUGACUGAAUAUAAUAAAACUCAAGUUUUUUCAUUUAACACAAAUUCCAAUCCACUUGUUCAAUUUAAAAAACAUAUUAUUUUAACUGCUUCAUCUUCAAAUCCUGACCUAAAUAAUACACCAGAAGUUCAUUUAUGGCGAGCUGGCAAACAUAAUGAACAUAUAGGUACUCUAAAAAGUAACAUUUUAUCCCAUAUUAUCGCAACUCAAGGAUGUAUAAAUCCUAUCUAUAUAACAUGCCUAAAACUUGAUAGUAAUGAACGAGAUGAUCAUUUAGGCGUAUGUAAACUUGUUUCCGGAUACUCAAAUGGAGGGUUUACCAUUUGGGAAUUUAAUACAUUAGAAAGAGACGAAAAUGAAAAUCUUGAAAAUGACUGGAGACAUCGGGAAUUAUAUACUACUUCAGCAAUAUCACAUAAUGCAAGUCCUCUAAUUGCAUGUUCUUUAUAUUCCCCAAUUUUGAUUACUUGUAACAAAGAUUUCGUACUUUCAAUUUAUUAUAUCGACUUCAAACAGAAAGAUAAAGGCAAAUCGAAGGAUAAUAAAAACCUUUUGAUUUACGAAAAUUUAGUCGAAUGUCAACUCAUACAUCAAUUAAAAAGCUUUGUUUGUUGGACACCCAUUGAAAUAUCAACCAAAUGUUCACAAGAGAAUCUUGAUCAAAUUACAACGAAUUGUGACAUGGAUUGGAACGCUUGGACUGCUACAAUUGUUUAUUCUACUCCGAUGUACGGAGGAGGUUGGACCGCAGGCAUUCAAGAGAUUAAAUUUUCAACUAUUACGUUAUUUUCAACCAAGCAUUGUUCAUAUCUCCCAUCAUCAACAACUUUACCACCAUUUAUUUCCAUUGCACCUAUAACAACUAUUACAUAUAAUUCUGGGCAAUUAGUUACAGCUCAUGCUGAUAAUACACUACAAGUAUACUACGUGCUUGAUAACGGAAGGACUUUGGAAUGUAAGCACAUUCAAACUUUAUAUGGACAUACAGGAAGCGUUAUGUCUGUCGCUAUGGAUGAGCAUGGUAAAUUGAUUACUGGAGCUAUGGAUCAAACUAUUAAGAUAUGGGAUUUAGGUCGAAUUGUGAGUGUCUGUAAUGGUGAGACUUUUGAUGACCAAGAGAAUAAAAUGGCGAAAUUUUCAAAGUCAUUACCAUCUCCAUCUGGAUGGUCAGAACUGUCUCUUUCUAAAAAUAUAAUAACAGAAUCUAGUACCAAUGCAGAUAUAGUAGAAGAAGUUGGAAUUAUUAAAGUUUGGUCUUUUUGUGAAGAAUAG